AUGCAUUCCAGACCAUACGAAUCCGUCAAUCUCGACGACAUCCUAUUCGGCGCCGGUGCUGGCUUCGACCUACGCAAUGUCAUGUCACUACCAGGGCUGGGUCUGCCAGGUCUUGGACUCGAAGAGCCGUCCGAGCAGCCUCAGACCACCGAGACAACGCAACAGGAGCUGUCAAGUGGCUCAGAGUGGAGAUUCGAGGUCGCAUUUGGCAAAUGCGUCAAAGUCAGGCUACUGAAUGGCACAGCCGAGAUAUUUGGCACUGAACUCAUAGAAGGCCCGACAUACACCUUCACCGGCACCAAGGCUGCAAUAUUUACCCACCAUGGCUGCACCCUCGAAAUCAGCAAUGACGCCCCUCAAAGCGAAUACUCUGCCGAGGAAACACCCAUGGCCGAAUAUGUCAAUGUACAUUUCGCCCUAGAGACUCUGCGCAACGAAGCGCAAGCACGAGGCAGAGAUGGACCACGCGUGCUCGUCCUCGGCCCCUCGAACGCUGGCAAAACCAGCCUGCUCAAAACCCUUACCGCCUAUGCCAUCAGACUCGGUCGCCAGCCCAUAAUUGUUAAUCUAGAUCCAGAGGAAGGCGUCCUCAGCCUCCCAGGAACAUUGACAGCAGUCGCCAUCAGAGCGCUUCUCGACGUCGAAGAAGGAUGGGGUAGCAGUCCCAUGUCAGGACCUUCUGCCAUCCCCGUCAAACUUCCCCUCGUUUACAACUACGGCUUGUCCGACCCGGUCGCCGACGACAAAUCAGCCGCUCACUACAAGGCAGUCCUCUCCAAACUUGCCCUCGCCGUCUCGGGCAGACUUUCAGAAGACCCGUUAGCCAAAGAAGCAGGCGUCUUAAUUGACACGCCAGGCACUCUCGCAAACACAACCAAAUCGCUGGCAUCUAACAUAAUCCAACACAUCGUCUCCGAGUUCUCCAUCUCUCACGUCCUGAUCCUCGGCUCCGAACGCCUGUAUAGCGAUAUCCUCCGCCGAUUCGAAAACAAACCCACAUCCUCCACCACUAGCAACCACCAUCACAACGAGACAAUCACCGUCGCCAAACUCUCCAAAUCAGGCGGCUGCGUUGACCGGGACAUGGCAUUUAUGCGCGCCUUCCGCGCCGCCCAGAUCCGAGCCUACUUCUUCGGCACCGGCCACCUGACGAAUGGCAUCACCCUCUCUCCACGUCAACAACAGGUCGAGUUUAACCAGCUAGCCAUAUAUCGUCUCCUGAUCGGCGACGGAGACCCCACAAACGCAAGCGUGUCAGCCGACCUCUUCCGUCCAGGAGGCCAAGACGACGAGAACGACGAAGAUGAAGAUAUCUACAACCCUACAACAAACCACUCCCUAAAAUCCCAGCACGCAGCAGCAGCAGCAACAGAAAGUGGGGACGGAACCAUCUUCCAACGGCUCACCUCGCCCACACCAGCCCUCCAAUCACACAUCCUAGCCAUCAUGAACGCGGAUCCCGAUGCCACAGAAGAAGACAUCCAAACGAGCGGCGUGAUCGGCUUUCUAUACGUGGCGGAGGUGGAUGAGGCGAGGGGGAGGGUGCCUAGACGGGCGAUUGUGUGGAGUAGGGGGUGGCCGGAGGUGGUGGUGGGUAUUGUAUAG